CUCGCACACGUCAGGCGCAAUGGAUACGUCUUAGAUCUGGCCAAAUUGGACUUGAAUAAACUGACCGACGACGAGCUUCUCAUGACCAUCCACAGUUAUCCAGAUAAUGCGGAUGUGAGUCUCUAGGGCGCUGUUUUGUAUGUAGGACCCCAUGCGGCAGGUUUUGAAGAUAUGGAUAGGCUUUUUAUAUUGGUUAAGUUUUUAUGUUUAAANAAAAAAAAACAAAAACCUUUUGCAUGUCUUAAAAAGGAGAUGCCCUAAGUUAAAGGGGGGGGGGGGCUGCCUUUAGUAGAACGGGUUCCAUGUCACGCCCCAGAAAUGUGAAAUAGUGUGCCCUUUUUUUUUAAUAGUUUUUACUUAAAAAGGAACUCCACUUUACUAUUGCUUCAUGCAGCGUUUCUCAACCUAUGGGUCGCGACCCCUUUGGGGGUCGAACGACCCUUUCACAGGGGUCGCCUAAGACCAUCGAAAGACGCAUAUUGUCUACAGUUAUGAAGUAGAAACGAAAACAAUUUUGUGGUUAGGGGCCGCCACAACAUGAGGAACUGUAUCAAAGGAUCGCGGCAUUAGAAAGGUUGAGAACCACUGGCUUAAUGCUUCAUAUGUCAAGCACGCCCUGAUCUUCUUCGUCCACAUUAAAACAAGACCAAUUAACUAAGACAACAAUUUGCGCUGUCCAUUUGCAGGGUUUGUGUCGCCGAAAACUCCGCAUGGGAACAUCGCUGACGGAGGCUGGGAGAUUUGUGAUGACCCGACAUCAGACCCCCGACCCCCCUUGCGUCAUCUACUCUUUUGGGAUCAACUACGACUUCUCGUUUGACGACGACGCCUCCAAAUUGUACGGCUGUCACGUGUACUC